AUGUCCUUCAAAGCUAUUCACAAUAUCGUCAUCCUUGUUCCUCAAGAUGAUAAGAUUGGUGAUUUGAUUGAAGCGUUCAGCAAAUUGUCACAAUAUGUUCAAGAACAUGAGCCAGAAACGCUCCUCUAUUAUGCUGUUCAGCCUAAGGAUAGAAAUCAACUGGUGAUUGUAGAAAAAUAUGCGAACGAGUCCGCAUUGAAAAGCCACGCGCAGUCAGAAGCCUUCAAGGAAUUUGGAAAGGCGAUAUCGGGGAUUCUGCAAACACCUCCGGAUAUCAAAACUUCUACUUUCUCGGGCGGAUUUGAGGCUAGGUCUCAUAUGUAA